UGCGAGUCCGGCACAUCGAGCCAAGAGCCUAAGCAGUAGUUUAAACAGAGUCGAGGAACGUGCACAUUGAGAUGCACGUAACGUAUGAGCGUAGUGGCUGUAGCAUAUGAUACUGUUUGUGGCUGUAGUGGCAUUCGUGGCGUCAUUGGCGCGUGUUUGUUUUGUGCAGUAAAAGGGCAAUACAGUGGUCAACAUUUUCGAUUUUCUGAGAAACAGUGCUGCGUUCAAAGUGUACGAGCCCGAGGACAGUGUCGGCUCCCCGCGGCCCUUGCAGGGCAUGGCGGCCACCACAUACCUUCCGGCUAGUAGUGCGGUUUCAGAUCUAGAAGGAAGUGCCUUAGGGAUGAAUAUAGUUGGGGGAUACGCCGCCUCGCCCAGGUCGGCAGCGGACGCUAGUGAAAUGAAAUAUCUGCCGCAACAUCACAACCAUCACCAUCACAUAGCGAGUUCGCCGAGUCCCGGUGGACAUGCAGCGAUGUCGCUGUCGGCGGCGAAUCCCUGGGUAAGUUUGCAACCGGGCGCCGAUCCGUGGGCGGCCUCAAUGGCAGGAAUGCACCACCAUCCCCAUCAUCAGGACGUAAAGCCGCUGUCGCAACAAGCGGAGAUGAUGCACCAUCAGAGGCAGCAGCAACAGAGCAUGGGCUCGCCUCAUGGGUGGCCUGGUCCGGUCGCCUCUGCCCACUACCAUCAAGGGGGCGCCGGCUCGCCAUUGCACCAAUACCAUACGGUAAUGAACGGAAUGUUGGCGCACCACCAAGGCACCCCCCAAUUGCACCACUCGUUGCAUAGAGACAUGCAAAGCCCGCACCAUCCCCAACACCCUGAUAGGGACGUUAGUGGUGGCGAGGACGAAACACCGACCAGUGACGACUUGGAGGCUUUCGCCAAGCAGUUCAAACAGCGUCGGAUAAAGCUGGGCUUCACUCAGGCGGAUGUGGGCCUUGCGCUGGGCACCUUGUACGGAAAUGUGUUUUCGCAAACGACGAUCUGCCGGUUUGAGGCGCUGCAGCUCAGCUUCAAAAACAUGUGCAAAUUGAAGCCGCUGCUCCAAAAGUGGCUGGAAGAGGCCGACUCGACGACCGGCUCGCCCACCUCCAUAGAUAAAAUUGCCGCUCAGGGCCGCAAGCGGAAAAAGCGCACCAGCAUAGAGGUGUCGGUCAAGGGCGCCCUAGAGCAACACUUCCACAAGCAGCCCAAACCCUCCGCCCAGGAGAUCACCUCGCUGGCGGACAGUCUCCAGCUGGAGAAGGAGGUUGUGCGGGUUUGGUUCUGCAAUCGUCGCCAGAAAGAGAAGCGAAUGACGCCGCCCAAUACACUGGGCGGCGAAAUGAUGGAAGGCAUGCCGCCGGGCGGCCACAUGCAUCCCGGCUACCCGCACCAUCCAGACAUGCACGGGUCGCCCAUGGGCCAGCACUCGCAUAGCCACAGUCCGCCCAUGCUCUCGCCCCAAGGCAUGAGUCACCAGUUGGCCGCCCACUAGCACGUAGCCCACUGGGCCUCCCUUAUCCACCACAACGACAACGGCUAAUGACGACUGCCGCCCUGGGCGGCCUCACUACCUCAAAAGGACUGUGUUCAGCAUCCCUAGGCCGUUGAGGAGGCUCAAGUGGACUCACAUUGACUAGACAUAGACUCAAAGACAAGCGCGAGUGAGUACUAGUACCUUUAGAUUCUUUAGACCCGUGCGGUUUGUACCUACAAUGUACAUUGUUGUAAAUAGUCAAAGUGAUAGCCGUCGGUCGUCGACGGUACUGUAAUAUUAUAGUAUCUAGUAGAAUUUUUUUGCAAAUGGACCUUCUACAGGGCGGCGCGCUCAAGACAGCCCUAGUCCUUAUCUCCACUCAAUUCUAUCGCGAUCAUUUUCCGGUGCUCAAAUUGUCACUUCAUUAUACAGAGACUUUCCGGGUGUGGUUUUCGUAGCUUUAAAAAGUUGCCACUUCACAAGGUCCUCAUAUCUCAGUGCGUUUUGCCAGCUCUUGAUCAAUUUGCUCAAUUUACGUCGACUCCGAACAGUUUUUAACGUUUCCCUACUUUACCCAGUAGUUCAACAGUAUUGCUGCAGAUCUGGGCCCCUACGCAUUUUGCCUCCAAAGCCACUUUCGGAUUGAAAUUUGCCUUUUAUUAUUACCAGUUUUCUUCUUUAAACUCUUAGCUAAUAGAGGCAGUUUGGCACAUAUUUUACUUUCAAUAGAUUCAGAAAAGUGUCUCAACAUGAUCCUACUCAGCCUACACCUCCGCUUUCUUCAUUUACUCUCAACCCAUUAAUUUGGCAACAUUUCGUCAAACGGUGCCGAAAAUCUAUUCGGCACAGACAACAUACUCAACAUACUUUCAAUGUACAGGGUGUCCCAAGAUUUUAGGGAGUGCGUAGGCAACUCUCAAAUUUACUUGCAUGUUAUAACUUUAAAUUAUUUAAAAAUCAUCUAUCGACUUAGAAGAAUCACGGUACACUUGCGUAUCUUCCCAUGAGGUCCAAAAUUAAAUGGCACAAAGUGGGGCACCACGUACACGAUAUUUUCGCUAAAAUAGUUUCAUCCAGCUCUCAGUAGCACGUUUAAGGCAGGUAUUUAAACGAUUGCUCGACUGGCUAUCAACAUAGCAAAAAAAUCAAGAGAACUACCAAAGCAAAUGCGAACGUAUCUUGGAAAAACACAGCGAAACUGAGUGGGGUCCCAGCAAUGUUUCAUGGUACUUAGAAGGUACUUCAUUUGAAAGCACAUAGCAAUUAAAUCGUCCCCCACUUCUGGGAGUCUGUGUACACUCAAAGGCAUUUUCAGAACUUUUCUUCGUUUUUGUCCCGCUUAAAGAAUUGAAGAUGCCAAAACUGCGCAUCAUACUGCCGCAAAUUAUGAAUCUCUAAUUCAACAUCUAUAAAGAGGGUCUUUAGCAACAUUAACCGAUCUGAUUUUUUAAACCAACUAAAGAGUGCAUUUGAUAUGUGAAGAAUAGACAGCCGGGCAUUAUUUCCACCCCAGAUCUUCCGGCAACUACGUUUUCGGAUUGAUCUGGCCAGCACGAAAUCCCGAUCUAACAUCACUUGACUGAAUUCAAUCCAAAUUUUAAUAGCAUGUCAACACGCCACAGUUUUACUCUGAAACUUAAUGAAGUGACAGUGAGAGCAAUUAGAAAAAAGAGCGAUUAGAACAAACAACUCUAAUAGAAAUUGAUAUCUAGGAUUCUCUUGAUCGAACCACCUUGUAAAUAUGAUAUAAUAUAAUUCUUUAAACGCCUCCGCCUGGUUUAGGCGGAUCGAGUGCGGCCGAUGAAGGGUUCGCAAUUUUAAGUGCGAACGGAUCAACUCUAGUCCUUAAUUUUAUCAUGGCGAUUGGAUGAUGGACGUGUUCGGCCCCUGAUUGGGCGAAAUCCAGGCAAAAUGUCACGAAACAAACAACGAACUGUCCACCAAUCAAUUUCGCUUCUCCAGCUCAGUCUAGAUGUAUAAAAACCGGUGCGGGGGAGUUUCGCUCCCCCCAAAAAUACAAUCAGGAACCACUCAGCGACCGUACUGUAGAGGGCGCAACGUGAUUUGUAUUUUUUAAAGUUACUUAUUAAAUGGGACGGUUCUCGAAUGCAACAAUUUAAGUCGUAAGUUUAUAUGUAUAGAAUGUCGUCGUACAUAUUUAUAAAAGAAAUUAUAAGAGAGUUGUUUUCAGUUGUUAUUCUUUCUUUUGGUUAUUGUCGUGCAGUUUGUUUCUCACUAAUUGUUUGAAUUACAAUCUUUUAUAAGAGUUGUUGUCGAUUAAGAGCUAAAAACGCUUAUUAGAUGGUACGAAACUAGUGUUGCCUCCGUUCAAUUGUGCAGUGUGGUUCGAGCAUGUGCGCCCAUUUUUGCCUGCUCCGACCAGCUGGUAAGUUCUUAUUCAAUCUUUUUUGUUGUCGUAAUUACCGAAUAAACACAGCUAUUGUGAGGGUCGAACCCUCACACCUGUUCGACGGUAAUCCGCCCGUGUAAAUAUCCCGUCAUCGACGGGGACACUGAUUUUUCCACUUUUGAUUGGAAAACAUUCCUUUAAAUGACGCGUUUUGCUGUGUUACUUCAGACAUUCCAGGUUUCCGUAGUUUUGUGUGUUUGUUCAUUGGCUUAUUUGGUGUAAAUAGAUGCACGAUUCUUCAGUUGGUUCAAGGUUUACUCAGUUUGACUUCUUCAGGAGUGACUAGAAAGAUCAUUAAUUGCGUUUCUUUGAAGUCAACAUUAGUGUUUUUGAUGCAGCUUCAGGAAAAUUGACGCGCUUCUAAUUUAGUUGCUCGAUAUUUGCGUUUAACAUCUUUUCUUCAACCAGCGACUUUUUCUGGUUGCCAAUUGGUGCGUUUGAAUGGAAUGAAGCUAUUACUAUCUAGAUUUCUUCUAUCAGCGUCCAUCAGCUACUUUUCUUCAAAUCAUGAAAAAGCCUUUGAAGGAAUUCUAUUCCCAUUCCGAAAACCAAUUUGCGCGACUCUUCCAGUUCAUCUGCCUACUUUCGUUCCAAACUCCCUCUUUUUCAAGCUCUUUUUCCUUGGCUCUCUAGUAAUCUUCAAUUUUUCUCUUCCUCACUUUGAAUGGAGCAACACUGUUGGCACAACCAAUCGGCUCAAAUCCGUAAUAUCAAAAGUUGCAAACUGCACGAAUGCCACCGUUUGGUGGCUUAGUCUAAGUGUCAAAAAAUCCCUCAAUCUUAGAUGUUUGUUAAUUGUGCGGUGGGAGGCGGCAGACUGUCCAGUGUUCUUCAGCUCAAAGCUCAACUGUUGCCCGAUGUUCGACAUUUGAACAGAUUCAAAGCCAAAAUCGCGUUGAGCUGAUCCGGUGAAGAUGCCGGGCAGUUUGUCCGGUUAGAAACGUUAUUGUAUUGUUUUAGAAAUUUUAUUUUGUGCGCUGGAUUAUUUUAAUGUUCUUUAUUGCCGGUGAUUUACAAUAGGAGUUUUCGUUUGUUAGUAUAUAGGCAGGGUUUUGCGUCCAGUGCACAAGUUUGUAAGUUUCGGCAGGUUUUUUCCGUUGUCCGGGCAAAAAAACCAGUUUAGGCAUGAUUGCAACGACAUAAUGGCCAGCACCAUGAAUAAUCGUAUUCGGCUGACAUUUUAAUUUAUACCUGGUGUUUCCGAAAAUAAAUUGACUGAAAAAAAGCAUUAAUCAAUAGCGGAUAAAGAUCUACACAUAGAAAAAGCAGAACGGCACCGAAAAACCUGUUGAAAACCACUCGUUUUACCUAUGUGACUUUCGUUUAGUUAACUUAUGUGCAAUGAUGAUGAUAGUUUUGUUGAAUCCGAAGGCGAGCGAGGAAGACAGCGAGACGCAGCAGAAGAAGAAACCUGUAUACCGGAUACUUUUAAGUACAAGUUGUUUUAAUCUUAGAUUGGUCUAUAAAUUUUAAGGGAUUUUGUUAAAAAGGAAUUCUGUUCAAAGCUGUACACCGAAAGCGGGUCCACCGAAUAAAACCUGUUUGCCAACAGGUGUGUGUGUGUGUGUAUAGUCAUGAUCGAGUAUCGAUAUCUUCUCUCGAGGAUUUCUUUCUGUUAGUCCUCGGCAGGUUCUCUUUGCAUUUCACCAUCUAACAAACAAACUAUCGAUGCUCGAGCCUUUAACAAACAAUUCGCAAACGCUAGAAGAAAAUUUAUAAUUUAUUUUUCUGUUUUCCCCUUUGUGAAAAUGUAUAAAAUAUUGUUACAUAUUAUUAUAUAGAAAAGAUAAUAUCUUUGUGUAUAUUGUAUUUUUAUGAAUGUCCAAAAAUAAAAAAUAAAGUAAGA